AUGCUUGCACGACAGGCACCCGCGCCUCAGGCCCUCUCCACCCUCUCCCACCGCGUCCUUCCAUCCACCACCGCCGCAUCCCGCAUCCCCACCAGUACACCUUCGCGGCUAUCGAAGCAGCAGUGCAGAGGUCUUGCCACCGUGCAGGAUGAGAAGCCAAAGCCUAGGAAGUACGGAGGCCUGAAGGACCAGGACAGGAUAUUCCAGAACCUAUACGGGCACCAUGGCGCGGAUCUGAAGAGCGCAAUGAAGUACGGAGACUGGUAUAAGACGAAGGAAAUUGUUCUUAAGGGUCACGACUGGAUCAUCUCAGAGAUCAAAGCGUCCGGUCUGCGCGGCCGUGGCGGCGCUGGUUUCCCCUCCGGCAUGAAAUGGUCCUUCAUGAACUUCAAGGACUGGGACAAAGACACCAAGCCCCGCUACCUCGUCGUCAACGCCGACGAAGGCGAACCCGGCACCUGCAAAGACCGCGAAAUCAUGCGCAAAGACCCCCACAAGCUGAUUGAAGGCUGCCUCGUCGCCGGUCGCGCCAUGAAUUGUACCGCCGCCUACAUCUACAUCCGCGGAGAAUUCUACCACGAGGCGACCGUGCUGCAGCGCGCGAUCCAGGAAGCCUACCACGCGGGCCUGAUCGGCAAGAAUGCUUGCGGAACCGGCUAUGACUUUGACGUGUUCAUCCACCGCGGUGCGGGCGCCUACGUCUGUGGCGAAGAGACAUCGCUUAUCGAGUCGCUGGAGGGCAAGCCCGGCAAGCCGCGCCUAAAGCCGCCAUUCCCGGCCGCAGUCGGCCUCUUCGGAUGCCCAUCCACUGUCGCGAACGUCGAGACCGUAGCUGUCGCGCCCACCAUCUGUCGCCGCGGCGGCUCGUGGUUCAACUCCUUCGGCCGCGAGCGCAACAGCGGCACGAAGCUGUUCUGCAUCUCCGGCCACGUGAACAACCCCUGCACAGUCGAAGAAGAAAUGUCGAUCCCGCUCAAGGAACUCAUCGACAAGCACUGCGGCGGCGUGCGCGGCGGGUGGGACAACCUCAAAGCCGUCAUCCCCGGCGGCUCGUCCACCCCCGUGCUGCCAAAACACAUGUGCGAGGACCAGCUGAUGGACUUUGACGCGCUCAAGGACUCCCAGACCGGCCUGGGCACCGCCGCCGUCAUCGUCAUGGACAAGAGCACCGACAUCGUGCGCGCGUUCUCCCGGCUCUCGACGUUCUAUCGCCACGAGAGCUGCGGCCAGUGCACGCCAUGCAGGGAGGGCAGCAAGUGGACGGAGCAGAUCAUGCAGAGGUUUGAGAAGGGGCAGGGCAGGGUUAGAGAGAUUGAUAUGCUGCAGGAGCUUACGAAGCAGGUGGAGGGCCACACGAUUUGCGCGCUGGGCGAGGCGUUUGCGUGGCCGCUUCAGGGUUUGAUUAGACAUUUUAGGCCGGAGCUGGAGGCUAGGAUGAAGAACUAUGCGGAACAGCAUGGUGGGGAGGCGUUGGCGGGUGGGUGGCAGCAUGAUGCGACAAAGAGGGGCAUGUUGAUCGCGCCGGGCCAGUAG